AUGUUUGACCUCCCGGACGCGAAACGUGUGCGCCGCUCAGAUCUAUAUACUCGAUCCUCGUCAUCAUCUCCCGAACCUCCUUCACCAAUCGACCCUGAUGUCUCUGCUCGAUUUCACAACCAGCUUGCUUCACUUUAUGGGCCUAUUUCAUUUCAAUCGUGCGGAACCGAGAACACGUUAAACAUUGAACCCAUAAACGAUGCUCCACAUUCACCACCACUGGACGAUGACCAGGACCAGGCAGAGGAAUUUGACUUUCGGCUUUUCUCAAAUGUCAAAGAAGGCAAGAUAGUCCUCAAGGAGGAGGCAGUUGAUAAAGGGAUUUUUGUUCGGGAAAGGGACAAGAGUUAUUACUUCACCGGUCCAAUUGAGGGGCAACGUAAAGAGGAAUACGCCAUUGCGGCAAUUAGUGGAGAAGAUGUUUUGGAAGGCAGAGAAAAAAGAUAUUGGGGCUUGGAAGUUCCGUGGCGAGUCCGGGUUGUGAAGAUUGGUGUUAGUGGGCAGAAAAAAUUGGGAAGCAAUGGCCUCUUCGGGGCCAGAAAUAGUUCCAGUGGGGAGAAGAAGAGGAAACUAGGCAAGAAGAUGAGGAUUCUCAUGAGAGAGAGGAGAAGGACAAUCGAGGCUCAAGAACAGGCAAUGACGAGGGAGAAGGAAAGCAAAGAGGAGGCAGACAAAGAGAGGAGAGCUAGAAAGAACAGAGAGAAAAAAGUCAAGAGGAAGGCAAAGGAGAAGGCGUUGAAAGCUGCUGCCGGGGGGAAUAAACAGACCGAGCCCGGAGUUGACGGAGCUGAUGAAUGA